CGGCAGUUGCACCUGCAGGAACGAACGAGCCCGCGUUUCUGGGAGACUUAGAGAAAAAGCCGAUCGUCUCCGAUACGAAAAAGCCGUCCAUGUUCGACCGUCUGUGUGGAUGUUGUCGACAUGAGGCUUCUUCCAGUGAUGAUGUGAUUCGGGCUGAGCCUGAACGGCGGCUUCGAGCCAAUGACCGUGCAUAUAAUUCGCAAUUCAAAUAUGCGGGCAACUACAUAAAAACCUCUAAGUACAACAUAAUUACCUUCAUACCGCAAAACCUGUUUGAACAGUUCCAGCGGAUAGCAAAUUUCUACUUUUUAGUUUUAAUGAUAUUACAGUUUAUUCCUCAAAUAUCAUCCAUAUCAUGGUAUUCAACAGCAGUUCCACUAGUUAUUGUUCUAGCGUUUAGUGCUGUAAAGGACGGGUACGAUGAUGUGUCCUCUAAUGGCCUACACUUAACUGGACAUAUUUUAUAAUC